AGAUUUAUCCCUCACUUACAUUGAAUCAUUAUUGCCAAGAGUAGUAGCCGUCCAUAAUACGUUAUAUAUACUUUGUAACCAUCGAUCCUUUCAUUACAAAACCCAUUAACUCCUCCAUGCCCACUGCCCAUACCCACCACAUGACCGUCCUUCAUUGGCUCAACCAUAUCUAAUUAAUUAACGCUCGAAAUUUCUCUUAUUUUUUUUUCCCUUUCCCUCCAUCUCUUCCAUGCAACCAGAACUCAAACCCUAAACAAGACGGAAAACAAUUUUCAAGGGAGGAAAGGAAAGUGUUUUUAAAGGACAAAGCUGUAGUCUUUUAGUUUGCAGAUAGAUAGAUACAUGCAAAACAUGAAACAGAAACCUCCCAUACUCAAAUACUUUCUUCUCUCCCUUUCCCUUUCUUUUCCUCUCCUUCUCUUCUUCUUCCCUCUCAAAACGGCCACCGACCCACCGCCGCAAAACUCUCCCUCCACCAUCAAGGACCUCAGAAUCCGACCCGGAUACACCUCCUACGAUUCCUACAUACAGCACCAACUCAACAAGACCCUCAAUCCCAAGCUACGAAAGAUAUGGACAACCCGGGACUGGGACCGUAAAAUUCAAGUCUUUGCGAGUUUUUUUCAAUAUAUGAAGCAAAGAAACCUCCUUUCCAAUGAUUCCAAAGCGUUAUGUAUCGGUGCCAGGGUCGGCCAGGAGGUGGAGGCUCUGAGACGUAUCGGCGUCGCCGAUUCUGUUGGUAUUGACCUUGUGCCCUUCCCGCCGCUGGUAAUAAAGGGUGAUUUCCAUCACCAGCCGUUCGAUGAUGAGACUUUUGAUUUCGAGUUCUCUAACGUGUUCGAUCACGCGUUGUAUCCGGACAAGUUCGUCGCCGAGAUCGAACGGACGUUGAAGCCCGGGGGGAUAUGCGUGCUACACGUAGCGAUUUCUCGACGGGCUGAUAAGUACUCGGCUAAUGAUUUGUUCAACACAAAGCCAUUGGUGGAGAUGUUCAAGAAAUCGGAAGUGGUUCAUGUCCGGAAAGUUGACGGGUUCGGUUUGGACACGGAGAUGGUGUUUCGAAAGAAGAAGAUGAAUGGGGAGAAGGUGAUCCAACGGUCCUUAUUUUUUUAACAAUUUUUUCAACAAUAUUUCUUUUUCUUUCUUUAUUUUUUUAUUCUUUUAUGUGUAGACAAUUUUUUUUUUUUUGUAUUUUUAUAUACUUAUUUGUUUGCUUAA